AUGCCGCCUCGUAGGAGGCCACAACCCUCCGCGGCCAGCCAGGCUCGCCGGCCCUCUGAGGCCAGUAAUCAUGCAGCGGAACCUUCGAGAUCUCAACGGCCCUCAAUAUCACAAGAAUCAGCCCAACCGACCAAGCCCACCGGAGUGAAGGACCAAGAUGACGAUUAUGUCAAGUACCAGCACCGAGAUCCCUUCGAUGCGCUUUUGGAGCCAUUCUACUACAACAAGUCACUCACCGACCCCAUUGAUACUGCAAAGGAUAAAUGGAACCUUCUCCCUGCAUUCCUGAAGGUCAAGGGUCUGGUGAAGCAACACAUCGACUCGUACAACUAUUUCGUCGAGGUGCAGAUGAAGAAGAUUGUCGAAUCAGCUGGUAUCAUUCAAAGCGAUAUCGAUCACCAGUUCUACGUUAACUUCACGAACAUCUGGCUCGGAUCGCCGCGUCGCGCAGACGAGACACAGGAUGCUGGAAUCGAAUUCCAGUCGGAUAUCACACCACAGGAGUGUCGGCUUCGAGAUACCACCUACGCCGCUCCCAUUUUGAUCGACUUCGAGUAUGUUCGCGGUAGGCAACGUGUUGUCCGACGAGGUGUUGCUAUUGGCCGCAUGCCAGUCAUGCUUCGCAGUUCCAAAUGUGUGUUAGCGGACAAGACCCCGGCACAGAUGGCUGUUCUCAACGAAUGCCCAUUGGACCCCGGUGGCUACUUCGUUGUCAAUGGAACAGAAAAAGUUAUUCUGGUUCAGGAACAACUGAGCAAAAACAGAAUUAUCGUGGAAACAGACCCCAAGAAGGACAUCGUCCAGGCAUCGGUCACCAGUUCUUCCAAUGAACGUAAAUCUAAGAGUUACAUCGUCCUGAAGAAGGGCCGACUCUACGUGAAACACAACGUCUUGAGCGAAGACCUCCCGAUCGUUGUGUUAUUGAAAGCCAUGGGCAUCCACACCGACAAAGAGAUGCUGCAGAUGGUAGCCGGUGACGAUAGUCAAUACCAGGACGAUUUUGCCAUCAACUUUGAGGAAGCCCUCAACCUGGGGAUUUACACCCAGCAGCAGGCUCUGGAUUGGAUGGGAUCUCGAAUUAAAAUCAACCGGAAGACAGGCGCAUACCGUAGGACCCACGUGCAAGAGGCAGUCGAAGCCAUCGCAACUGUCAUCAUCUCCCAUAUCGAAGUCAAGGAUAUGAACUUCCGGCCCAAGGCCAUUUACGUCGCUCACAUGGCCCGUCGUGUCUUGAUGGCUAAAGCCGACCCGUCUAUGGUGGAUGACCGCGAUUACCUUGGAAAUAAGCGAUUGGAAUUGGCAGGUCAAAUGUUGGCACUCUUGUUUGAGGAUCUCUUCAAGAAGUUCUGCUUUGAUAUCAAGUUGAACAUUGACAAGGUUUUGAACAAGCGCAACCGGGCAGAACAGUUCGACGCAUGGAGUGUCAUGAGUAUGCAUGGUCACCAUAUCACACAAGGCAUGAACCGAGCUAUUUCUACCGGCAAUUGGAGUCUGAAGCGUUUCCGCAUGGAGCGUGCCGGUGUGACCCACGUCCUCAGUCGAUUGAGUUAUAUUGCCGCCCUUGGUAUGAUGACUCGUAUCAGCAGUCAGUUUGAAAAGACUCGAAAGGUCUCUGGUCCUCGUGCUCUCCAGCCGUCGCAAUUCGGUAUGCUGUGUCCUGCGGAUACCCCAGAAGGAGAGGCUUGUGGUUUGGUCAAGAACUUGGCCCUUAUGACCCAUAUUACUACCAAUGACGAGGAAGGACCCGUACGAAACUUGAUCUUCAUGCUGGGUGCCGAGGACAUUUCCACUGUCAGUGGUAUUGAUCUCUACAAGAAAGGAACUUACACUAUUUCGAUCAACGGUACGCCAACUGCUUUGACAAGGCGGCCAAAAUACUUCCUCAACUCCUUCCGCAGACUCCGUCGCAUGGGAAGAAUCUCGGAAUUUGUCAGUAUCUACAUCAAUCACCACCAGCAAGCGGUUCACAUCGCAACUGAUGAUGGUCGCAUCUGCCGACCGCUUAUUGUUGUUGAGGAUGGCAAAUCCCGAGUCCGGCGACACCAUUUGGAAAAGUUGCGCGAUGGGAAGAUGGCAUUCGAUGAUUUCCUUGCCCAGGGUCUGGUUGAAUAUCUCGAUGUCAACGAGGAGAACGAUUCAUUAAUCUCUAUCUACGAGAAGGAUAUCACCGAGGCCACUACUCACCUCGAGGUUGAGCCCUUCACUGUGCUGGGUGCUGUAGCUGGUCUUAUUCCUUACCCUCACCACAACCAAUCUCCUCGAAACACUUACCAAUGUGCCAUGGGUAAGCAAGCAAUUGGUGCAAUUGCCUCGAACCAGUUCCACCGAAUUGAUUCCAUUCUCUACGUCAUGGUAUACCCACAAAAGCCAAUGGUCAAGUCACGAACCAUUGAGCUGGUCAAAUACGACCAACUCCCUGCCGGACAGAACGCCACCGUUGCUGUUAUGAGUUACUCUGGUUACGAUAUUGAGGAUGCCCUGGUUUUGAACAAGGGCUCGGUUGACCGAGGAUUCGGACGUUGCCAGGUCUUCAAAAAAUACGUGACCAACCUCAAGAGCUACCCGAACGGAAUGAAAGACAGGUUGAAUCCUCCAGAGUAUGAGAAUGACGCUCCGAUCCGCAAGCACGCGCUUCUGGAGGCCGAUGGUCUGGCUGCUGUAGGCGAGAAGGUGAGCCAGGGCGAGGUCUAUAUCAACAAGGUCACCCCUGACCAGGCCCACACGAGCGGAAUCAUGGGCUCCGACACCGGAACCACUUCUUACAACCCUGCCUCCAUGUCCUACAAGCUACCUGAUCCCGCUUACAUCGACAAAGUCAUGCUCUCUGCUACCGAAGGCGAGACCCAGCUUCUCAAGGUCCUGACCCGGCAAACUCGUCGCCCUGAAGUUGGUGACAAGUUCUCGUCUCGUCACGGACAGAAGGGUGUCGUGGGUAUAAUCGCUGACCAGAUGGACAUGCCCUUCACCGAAUCAGGUAUCAACCCUGAUAUUAUCAUGAACCCUCACGGUUUCCCGUCCCGUAUGACAGUCGGUAAGAUGUUGGAGUUGCUUGCUGGUAAGGCUGGUGUUCUUGCUGGUCGACAUGGAUAUGGUACUUGUUUCGGCGGCACGCCCGUCGAAGAGGCAUCGCAAACUCUAAUUGACCACGGCUUCAAUUAUGGUGGUAAAGAGUUCCUCACAUCUGGUAUUACUGGAGAACCGCUCCCAUUCUACGUCUUCACGGGCCCCAUUUACUACCAGAAGCUCAAGCACAUGGUUCAAGAUAAGAUGCACUCGCGUGCACGUGGUCCCAAGGCCACUCUUACCCGCCAGCCUACGGAAGGUCGUUCGCGUGAUGGUGGUCUUCGUCUCGGUGAGAUGGAGCGUGAUUGUCUGAUUGCAUAUGGAACUAGCCAGCUUCUGCUAGAGCGUCUUAUGAUCUCUUCGGAUCGUCACGAGGUUGACAUUUGCGAGAAAUGUGGUUUCAUGGGAUUCCUCGGAUGGUGCCCUGGUUGCAAAUCGACUCGUUCUGUCUCGAAGAUGGUUAUCCCCUACGCUGCCAAGCUUCUGAUCCAGGAAUUGAUGAGUAUGAAUGUUGCCGCCCGCUUGAAGCUGGAUGAUGAGUUCCCUGAGAUGAAGGGCCGUUAA